UACAGUGUACACAAAUAAACACAGGCGGCAUAACCCCCUAUGACCCGUAAAGCAUGUCUGGUGUCCUUCGCGGCCUGAGAUACCCACGGUGCAUUGGGACAGGGGUCCCAAAAGGGUCAUCUAACACCCAAGGGACGAUCAGUACCCGAUGGUCGUCAUCGUUCUCGGAUCGGAGCCAUUCCUGCGGGGAUCUGCGUCCCGGGCACGUGGGUCAAUCCGUUCGCUUGUCGGGCUGGCUCCAAUUUGUUCGCAUGGACAAGUUCCUGGUUCUCCGAGAUACUCACGGACAAACCCAACUCAUCAUCCCUUCUGAUCGUCGGGAUCUGUGGGGUCGGAUCCGAGAACUCCCCUUAGAAUCCACCCUCUCCGUUCAAGGCCAAGUCCUGGCUCGCCCCGUGGAUCAAAUCAACCUCAAGUUAGACACGGGUCAAGUAGAGGUCCGGGUGUCCGAGUUGUUGGCCAGUAACCCGGCCAGCUCGGCCAUUCCUUUCUUGAAUCGAGGCUAUCAUGCGGCCAAAGAAGGUCUGCAGAUGGAGUAUCGCUAUCUGGCCCUUCGCACACCCGCGUUGCAACACAAUCUCAAGGUUCGAUCCCGGAUGAUUAUGGCCAUGCGGCAAUUCUUGACGGCUCAUGAUUUUGUCGAUAUCGAGACUCCCGUUUUGUUUCGACGAACGCCGGGGGGAGCUCAAGAGUUCGUGGUGCCUUCGCGUACCCCGGAUAAAUUUUAUUCUUUAGUCCAAAGCCCGCAGCAGUUUAAGCAGUUGCUCAUGGUGGGUGGAUUGGAUCGCUAUUUCCAGAUUGCCAAGUGCUUUCGCGAUGAAGGCGCCAAGGCGGAUCGCCAACCCGAGUUCACGCAACUCGAUAUCGAGUUGUCGUUCACCAAUCCCGAUCAUAUUCGUCGGUUGGUCGAGCAACUCAUUGUGCAUAGUUGGCCCGAGGAUAAGCCUCGGCCUUCCACUCCGUUCUUGCGGCUCACCCAUGAGACCUGCCUGAAACGAUAUGGGUCGGACAAGCCGGAUCUGCGUUUCGAGCACCAGAUCCGGGAUUUGACGCGCGUGUUCGAAGGUGAUGAGCUGGAUUUUCUAGCUCCAAGUUCAGAGCCUCGUGCGGUGCAAGCUAUCGUGUUCCAUUCGGACGAAGCGGUCAAGGUGAAGACUGUCAAAGAGUUGGAGGCAUGGAUCAAGCCGCAAUAUCCGUCCGUGAUUGUAUCGUAUUUCAUGGUUGACUCGACUGGUCAGGUGAAGAACACGUUGUUAAAGAAAUGUUCUAGUCAUGUCAGGGAAAGGGUGGCCGCUGAGCUUGACCUCACGGGUCAUGCAUUCGGAUUCCUCGCCAUCGGACCUCGAGCGUCCACGUUAAAGGCGUUGGGUAAACUCCGACCGGAGCUGGCCAGACUAUGUCUGAAGCUGGAUCCCACGGAGUUUAAAUUCUUGUGGGUAGAAGAGUUCCCAUUAUUUGAACCGAAGGAAAAUGAUCCGAAUCAUUUGGAAUCGGCCCAUCAUCCCUUCACUCAACCACAUCCUGGCGAUAUCGAAUUGCUAACUAAGAACCCUCUUUGUGUUCGAGGGCUUCAUUAUGAUUUGGUUUUAAAUGGCAGUGAGAUCGGUGGUGGAUCGAUUCGCAUCAACGACGCCAAGUUACAAGAGCAUGUUUUAAAAGAUAUUUUAGGUGAAGACACUUCCGAGUUGCAACACCUCCUGGAUGCCUUGAGUUUUGGCUGUCCGCCUCAUGGAGGCAUUGCUAUUGGAUUAGAUCGUCUUCUGGCCAUUGUGACGAAUUCCAAAAGCAUUCGUGAUGUGAUUGCCUUUCCCAAGACGGCGGAAGGCCGAGACGCCAUGGGCGAUGCUCCUGCUACGAUAUCAGACGAGGAUAAACAAAGAUAUCACAUACGAUCUGUUCUCCCAACCAAACCCAAUGAUGAAAUAGAUUCCGGGUCAUGAGUCAAAAAUCCAAUAGCUAAAAAGACUUCAGCAUACCCUUGUUAUUAUUUCAGA